UGUACUUUUUAGAUAGCAUUUAUAUUAAUAAUUUUUUGUAAGCACAGCAACGCCACGUUCAACUUUAUACCUUAUUUCUGUUCGUCGAAUACUUGAUGGGACAUGGCAAUAAAUAUCAUCAAGAAUAGUUUAACGAGAUCAAUUAGAAAACAUUUACAAGCUGCUUCUGUGCUGACGGAAAGAUAUUCUACAGAAAUGUCACAGACGUACAAGACAUUGGCAGUAUCUACCCCGAAACCAUUUGUUUACAUGGUCAAGUUGAACAGGCCAGAGAAGCUAAAUGCAAUAAAUAUAUCUAUGUGGAAAGAAUUUAAGGAAUGUUUCGACGGAUUGUCAAUGAAUCCAGACUGCAGAGUAGUUGUUCUGUCAGCUGCUGGAAGGGCAUUUUGCGCAGGAAUUGAUCUGCAGGGAAUGAUGGAAUUAGGACAAGGUUUAGCGGAGUACGAGGAUAUUGCGCGCAAAUGCAAAUAUCUGGAAUCUAAAAUUAAGGAUAUGCAAGAUUCAUUUACUGCUUUGGAAAAGUGCUCGAAACCUGUGAUAGCCGCUGUGCACGGUGCAUGCAUCGGUGCGGGCGUGGACAUGAUAUGCGCAGCUGAUAUACGUUACGCUUCAUCUAACGCAUAUUUUCAAAUAAAGGAAGUUGACAUAGGCAUGGCGGCCGAUGUAGGUACGCUUCAGAGAUUUCCGAAAAUUUUGGGCUCUGACAGCUUGGUAAGGGAGCUUGUCUAUACAGCGCGGAAGUAUCCAGCUACCGAGGCGCUGGAAAGUGGAUUUAUAAGCCGCAUGUUGGAUAACGAAGAGAGCUUGUUGAAUAAAUCGAUAGAAGUUGCUGAACAGAUUGCCAGUAAGAGUCCAGUUGCAGUGCAAGGUUCAAAAAUGAGUAUAGUAUAUUCGAGAGACCAUUCUAUCCAAGAAGGAUUAGAUCAUAUUGCGAUGCAGAAUAAGGCGAUGCUUCAAAGUGAAGAUUUUUUGAAUGCAACUAUGGCACAGGCCGUUAAAGGCGAUCCUCCAAUAUUCUCGAAAUUAUAAAUUAUCCUAUUCUCGAUUUUAAUAUUCUUAAUAUU